CGGUCACAGUCUGUCGGUACGUCGCGGCACGGUAUACAAUAAUCAAACAUCUAACGAACCUUAAAACGAACGAACUAUACGAAAUUUAUUAUAGUAAAUUUAAUUUAUAAUCGAUGAUAAACAUUGGUGCUUAAGUGUAGUUCUAAUUCAUACUUUUAAGUGAGGAGUGUUUGUGAGUGUACCCGUGAUCGUAGUCCCGUUGGCCGGUCGAAAUGCUGUGAAUAAUAUAAGGUAGAAUGUGGAUUAUGACGACCGACAGACACAAGGAUUCCAGCAUCAAUACCUUGGGAUGACAGUGUGAGCAAUGUCGCAGUCAGCGCUGGGCUUGGGAGGCGAGAGGCGCUAUUCGGUGCCCUCUCACCCUCUGAUGCAUGACCCUCGCGGCAUGCACUCGGAGGAUUUGCACGCCUGGUCCAUUUACAGGCAAAAUUUAAAUUCCGACUUCACAGACAGUGCUUUGGGCAGCACCGAUAAAAGCCCCCUGCCAUAUGGAAACUUCCAGCUUCGUGAUACAACUGUGCAGUCGAUAUUAUCCCACCCGAGAUAUGGACCCAAAUCAGCAUUGGGCUCCAACAUGUACACAUACCUCAAAUUCGGUUUGCCACGCGUGUUCCCGCCGAACCACAAUGGGUCGCAGAGAUCCGGGACGCCUAAACCAAAGACUUCUAUAGGAAGUGGUAUGAAGUCAGUGCCUAGGAUCCAGCGCCAAAGCAGAGGUGUUCGAGAAACAUCAUCAGGCUACGAUAGUUCAGACAAUGAAACCUCAACAAAUUACAAGUACAAUCGGAAAUAUCGCUCCGAUCCUGACUUCAGGAUGCAAAACAUGCAACAGUCGUACCAACAUGCAACAGGCGUGCCAUUAGUCGCGAUGCACCAAGCGGGCAUACAGUCGCAGUGGGGCUCGCGGCACAAGUCGGUGAGCGAGGCCAACCUGCUGGGCAUCGACGCGCGCACGCACCGCUCGCACCGCCGGACCAGCGUCGCUGAGUUUGCGGACGACCACCAGAGCUACAUGAUGCCAUCCUCACACUUGGGCGGUCGCAUGUCCAAAGCCGGCAGUCACAUGUCUCUCGCCCAGUCUAGGAAACAUUCCACGUUGAGACCUGGAGAUCAGCUCGAUGGGUACACCCAUUCAGCGUAUAUCUAUCCUAAUUAUUAUGUAAACAGUCUAGAAAUAACGUCACCUGAGAACAAAUCAACGCUUUUAGUGUCUGGUUUGAGUUUUGAGGUAAAAUCUGGUGAGAUUUUAGCAGUUCUGGCAACCUCGCAACAGGAAGCCACGGGUCUGUUAGAUGUUCUAGCUGGCGCUAGAAAGAAGUUAUCCGGCGACAUAAUCCUCAAUGGACAGCCAGUAUCCUCGCGCACGCUUCGCAAGGUCGCGGCGUACGUGCGUCGCGACACAUCGCUGAGCCCCGCCAUGUCGGUGGAGCACACGCUGCGGUUCCACGCCGCGCUGCGCACGCCCCGACAGGCGCACGUGAAGAUGGACGAGCGGGAUCGGAUAAACCUCCUAAUCGACGAAUUAGGACUAGAACAAGUGAGAGACACAAACGUAUCCCGUCUCACACGCUCAGAGAUCCGACGGUUAAACGUAGCGUGCCAACUCCUGUUAGACAUGGCAGUAUUAAUUUUAGACCAGCCUACUAAGGAAAUGGACAUAUUUGAUACGUUCUUCCUUGUGGAGUAUUUGAAGAACUGGGCUAGCACCGGCCGUGUGGUCAUCAUGUCGUUACACCCACCCACCUAUGAGAUUUUUGCUAUGUUGACUAAGGUUGUGCUAAUCUCAGCGGGUCGCACAAUGUUCAGCGGUUACCGGAGAGAUAUGUUGCCAUAUUUCGCUUCGAUAGACUAUCCUUGUCCUGCUUUCAAAAACCCUUCGGAUUACUAUUUGGACCUAGUAACACUAGACGACCUAUCCGCGGCCGCAAUGCUCGAGUCGUCCGGUCGCAUAGAGGCGCUAGCGGGCGUGUUCGCGCAGGCGCACGCGGCGCCCGACGCGCCGCCGCCCGUGCCGCUGCCCGCGCCCGCCACGUCGCCCAAUGUGGUGAUGCAGGCCUUCGCGCUGCUGGAGAAGAGCAUGCUGUACACUCAAAUGACAACACUGUCCAAUGUGAUCACUCGAGUGUUGCUAGCGGCCAUCAUGUCGCUGGUCACUGGAACUAUCUUCUGGGAUUUACCGAGUACAGAUCCUAAGCUAACCCACAACGACCGCAUCGGCUACCACUACUCGGUGAUGUGCGUGUGCGCGUGGCCGCUGCUGCUGUGGCUCAGCGCGCGGGAAGCGGCCGGCGUCAGGCGAUAUGUGGAGCGGGAUAUCGCUGUCGGGCUGUACUCGCGGACUGUGUUUGUGUUGUUUGAUCAAUUCUUAGAAGUGUGGUCAGCAAUAUUAACCUGGCUCGCGUACUUGGUGCCAAGUUACGCGAUGUCCGGUUUGUAUGCGCAGGCGCCGGGGUCGUUCGACGGCUUCUACGUUUAUCUAGGCUACACGGUGCUAUAUCUAAUCUGCAUACAAAUGGUCUGUCGAGCUGCAAUCUUCAUAAUACCAAUGGAAAAGACAGCUUCUAUCAUAUCUGGGUUCUGUCUCCUCCUUAGUACUCUUGCUAAUGGAGUUAUGCUCCAGGACCAAGAUAUGAGUUUUUAUACAAAAUGGCUGCUAUAUGUGUCACCGUCAAGAUGGGCGUUGCCAGAAAUAUUAAGGCGGGAACUUAGUGAAACCGCUUUGAGAACCAGUAUUAGUAAAGAUCUGAGGUGUACUAAUAAACAGAGGCAACAUUUAGACAUAAUAGUACAAUCGCCGUGUCCCCCACCGAACGGCACUCAAGUUUUGUCCAACUACGACUACCUACGGUCGGACAGGAUUUGGGAACAGAACGAAGACAGCUUCCUCAUCGCUUUAGCAGUAUUCUAUGCGGUUUUCGCUCUAGUCGCCAUCUUUGCGUUUGUGCUCGAUUGCACUAGGUACGCGAAAACGAAGGAACGGUCUUCGAUGAAAGGUCACAAAGUAACUGUUAAUACGCCUUAGUGAUUGUGAAGUGAUUUUUUUAAUUGUCAUUAGGAGUGAAAAUAUUAGAAGUUUUUUCUUCU